AUGUUGGGGUUAUUGGUGUUAAUUUUAAGUGCAAAAUGUGUGGUGUGUGAUAUCAGUCCAGAGAUAGUGGAUUUACUUACUCCACUAAAACAAUUGGGAGAAGCUUGUGGAUAUGACAGCUGCCAGGCCCCCAUGCCGAAGGCCUUGAACGUGCACGUGGUAGCACACACGCACUACGAACUGGGGAUGUUCAGGCAUUUCCACGAGUCUUACUCUGGAACGGAUCAUUUAGGUUUAAAAACUCCCAUUAAUAUGAAAAAAACGCUCGACGCAGUGAUCACCGAGCUAUGGACCAGCCCAUAUCGCAAAUUCACAUUUUCAGACAUACCAUUUUUCUUCCAAUGGUGGUCCCAGCGGGAUAACACGGUACGUCGCAUGGUGUACCAGCUGCUGCGUCAGGGUCGGCUGACCUUCGUGGGGGGCUCGUGGGGCAUGGUGGACGAGGCCACGACCAGCUACCACGCCAUCAUUGAGAGCUACACCUUCGCGCUCAGGAAACUCAACUCAACCUUCCUAAGCUGCGGUCGUCCUCUAGUGUCGUUUCAAGCAGACGUGAUGGGCCAUUCGCGGGAGUACGCAUCAUUAGCUGCUCAAAUGGGGUUUGAUGGCUUGUUCAUUAACCCCAUCUGCUUCGAUGACGAGCUCGCCAGGAUGAAGAGGAAGGCCUUGGAGUUCUAUUGGAGGGGGAGCGAUGAUUUAGGUCCUCAAUCAGACAUAUUCACCCACAAGUUGUUCGACGGCUACUGGUCUCCCCCAGGGUUCUGCUUCGACAACCACUGCAGCGACCCCCUCAUCAUCACAUCUGACGCCGCCGUUUUUGCUAACGCCGAAGAAAGGGCCAAACAGUUCAUCAACUCGAUGUGGAAGCGACAGGCGUCGAAUUACAACACAAGUAACGUCCUGGUGGUGAUGGGUAAACAGAAUGGGUGGUAUGACGCGCCUCGGUGGUUCAUUAACAUAGACAAGCUUAUAGAUGAGGUAAAUCGCCUCUCCGCUGUAGGAGACAGGAGGAUCAAUAUGAUGUACUCCAGCCCAGCUUGUUAUCUCAAAGCUGUUCAUGAAGCCAAUCCGCCACUGGAGAAUAAACAAGAUGACUUUCUACCGUUCGCUUACGAUGAUAAAAACCUGCUGAACGGCUUCUACACUACCAAUCCAGCUCUCAAACUGAUUGCUAGAGAGGGACUUGUCUAUUUACAGAUGUCCAAGCAGUUGCAAGUCUUAGCGAAACUGUUCAAGAAUGAUAAAUUAUUUGAAGAAUUUAACUGGAUCGUUGCCGCGAUGCAAGACCACACGGUGAUAACGGGGGCCAUGGCGGAUCACGUUAAAGGAUACUACAUGCACAAGAUGUACGUUAACGUGCAGAAAUCUACGUUAUUACUGAAACAGGCGUUCAAUAAGCUUCGGAAGUCACCAACGGGCACAAUCUACUAUCGCUGUUCGUUCAACAUAUCUAGAUGUCACUACGAUCGAGGCACGUUCUCAUUUGUGAUGAUAUAUAAUCCCCUGACGUGGUCUGCAUCAGUGCCCGUCAGGCUUCCGGUGCACGUCGGAGACUAUAGGGUCUUCAAGCCCAACGGCGACCUGGUCAACGUAUCAAUGAUGAAAAUAGCAGACGCAAUUCUAAACAUCAAAUAUCGAUCGUCAUCAAGCGAACACGAGUUAGUAUUCGUCGCGGAAAACAUACCACCAUUGGGGUACCGAAGCUACUUUGUGGAAAGAUUCGGCGUGCCAGAAAGCACAAGAAUGAAAAGAACUCUAAUUAAGAACUUAAAACGGAAGAAUAACAAGAAAUAUCUCAUUAGACAGACAAGUCCGAUCACAGAUGAACAAACAUUCCUAAACGAGUUAGAAGAUUAUGACUAUUCAGAUGAUAAUAUAACAGAUAUGUCAAAGAUCUUUGAUGAUAUCACUACCACGACAGUUAGGUUUGACAAUCCAACAGAAUUUGAAGACAUCACCGCGAUCCCCGACACGGAAAGACCAGAUGAUUACACGAACAAAGCGAACGAAAAAUAUGACAAACAUAAAACACUGAACAAUACUGAUAAUUUCACUGAAAAUAAUUUUGUGAUACUAGAUAAACAUAGGAAGAAGAUAUGGUUGGAAUACAGGAACGCUACUAAAGGUGGAACACUGAAAGGCGUGGACACGACACCAAUGUCUGUGUCAACUACAGAACGGGACACAGAACCCACAGAGCUUAACGACCCUUCUAACUACCCAGAAUCGACCCAUUCUGCUCCCUCAACAACGACUAACUUCGAGAAAGAAGGGAGUGGGGAACUGGUCGAAGUAGACAUAGCUCCAGACACCAGACGUUUUCAAGAAGAAGCGAGGGUUGAAGAAGAGGAGGAUGAUGAUGAUGACACGACCACUGCUAAACCGCAAACCAAAAAACCUACGCGCAAGCCUCCAGCAACUAAAAGCUUACCAACAGCCGUCCCGACCAGGUCAACAGUCAAGACGACCACAAAACGACCAGAGAAGACUUCGGAGACCACCACUGUGAAAACCACGACGGCAAAAGCGAGAAGAAAAAGCAGCAAAUACGACAAGAUUAAAGACCACAUUUAUGAGGAGUUGGUAACAAAGGAAGCAUUCGAUACUUAUGCAUCUGCGACCGCUGAUUUUAUUGAAAACAAGUACAUACGCAUCAAACUAGACCCGCAGUCGCGUAAAAUAAAAGAAGUGGUGUUGUCAAACGGAAUCCACGUAAAUUUGGAAAUGCAGUUACUGUUCUAUGUGUCUGAUGAUCCGGAUAGACUGCAGAAAAACAUGAGGAGUCCAGGCACACACAUCUUCCGAGCAAUGGACAACACGCCAAUACCAAUAAUGGAUUACUUUGAUGUCCAAACAUACAAGAGUGUGGUGGUGGAGGAAGUGCAUAUAACGCUGGCGGAGUGGGCGUCUAUCGCGGUCAGACUGUACGCAGACAGUCCGGUGAUCGAGGUGGACUGGCUGGUGGGGCCGGUGCCCGUGGAUGAUAGACUCGGCAAGGAGAUCUUCAUGCGAUACACGACUGACCUGGUGAAUGAGGGCAUCUUCUACACCGACUCCAAUGGACGGCAGACCAUAAAGAGGAUCAGGAAUAUGCGGCCCAUGUUCGAGAGCCAGAAUAACGACCCUGUCGCUGGUAAUUUCUACCCGGUAACAUCGAAGAUCUACAUAGAAGAUACGGCUAAAAAUCUCCGUUUCUCAGUCUUCAACGAUCGCGCCCAAGGUGGCUCGUCUUUAUAUGACGGAGAAAUUGAUCUGAUGGUUCAAAGAAGACUGUUAACCAGCGAUCUUGGUGUUGGAAUUACAGCCAACGAAACUGAAGAAGGCGAAGGGGUUAUCAUAAGAGGAAAACAUUACCUAUACAUCUCAAGGGCAGAUUUCAAACCGCAUAAGAUUUUCGAAAAGAAAUUCGCUAAAGAACUCGAGUUAGGUCCGCAAAUACUCGUUUCACAGCCCGAUCCUUACUGGAAGGAAACAAAAGAAAUAUGGUACGAAAGUGUGAACGAAAUGAGCUUUUUGAAACGAAAAUUGCCGAUUGGAAUACACCUUUUGACGUUAGAACAGUUACCUGAAGACAAACUCCUUUUGAGGUUAGAAAACUUUCUAGAGAAAGCUGACAUUAAAAAAAAUGGCGUCAAAAUUGUAAACGUCAAAGAUAUGUUUACGAAUAUCGUUAUAAAGGAAAUGAGGGAGACUACUUUGGGCGGUAAUAUGUGGCUGAAAGAUUACAUGCCGCUGCCUUGGAAGAAAAAAGAACUAUUUGUCAGGAAUUUUAACGAAUUUUACGGAACAAGAAGAAAGGUGGAACGAGUAGAAGAUGAGUUUUUAGAUACAUUUGAAGAAGUUAAUUUAGAUAAUGGAAUUGCGUUAACCCCUCAACAAAUAAGAACUUUUGUGUGCUUGUACGAGUAUGUUAAUGUUUAAAUGAGAUCAUGGGGCCUAAAAAGGCCAAAUUGAAGCAAUGAAGAUAAAAACUGCGUAUUUCUCCCAACAGGUGUCGCUACUGUUGAGUGUUCUUAAAUUUUGACAGUUCCCCAUACUAUACGAGUAAACAAACAUAUUGUUUUGGUUAUAUUUUUACACUAUAACCCUUUGCGCGGUGUUUAACUGCAAAAUCGUAGUGUUAUGUUUAUUCCCUAAUGAUCGGAAAUAAGAAAGAUAAAGAUAAAGAUAAUUUAUUUGCUUAAACAUGAGUAAUUUAAAUACAGAUGACAAUGUUCACAUUAUAGGUUCUUCAUGUUUGCCUUGCGGCGCACAAAAUUUUGAGUACCUAGAUUAUUAUCUAUAUAAAUACAUGCAUCAUUAUUACAAUUUAUCAUUCAAAAACUCAUCUAUCGUAUAAUAACAUCUUUUAGUUAACAACUCAUUCAAUUUUCUUCUAAAUAGACUUAAGUUACACAACCUUAUUUCUAGUGGUAUUUUAUUAUAAAACUUAGAAAAACUUAUUUUCAAUCAAACCUGACCUUUUCCAACUGAUUGCUUUUCGUUUUCGUAACCUAUCCUUCAGACGGGAUACAUUCUACGUUGCUCCACAUUUUAUAGCAAUUUAUCACGAAUUUCAGCUGGACAGUAUGGAGAACUGUCACAAUUUAGGAACACACAACAGUGCUGCCACCUACAUUUGAGCUUCUAGUUAUCCUCAUUCACCUAAAAAGCAAUAUUGCUAUUGGACAUUCGUUGCUAUCUCAGAACUUACUUUUAUAUGCUCAAAUGUCCAAAAGCAAUAUUGCUUUCAUUUAGGUAAAUCGCUUCAAUUGUCGCCUUUUUAACU